UAUCCAUUCCUUCGGCCAAGAAUACCGUGAGAUAGUGGUCAACACAGUGUGAAGAAAACGAAUAUAAAAAAAAGUUCAUUAAAGAAUAAAGCCAAGCCAGAGUUCUACCGGGUCUUCUCCUCCUCCUCCCCUGGCUGGGUCUCCAUCUGCCGAUAAAUACAAGCCCAAGUCGAUAAAUACAAGCCCAAGUCGAAGUCUUCUUCUUUGUCCUUGCAGUUGCUCUGUCCAUCUCUUGGUCUGGUGUGUGUGUGUGUGAGAGAGAGAGAGAGAGAAAGAGAUAGAGAGAUGGGAGGGAAUGGAGAGAAUUCGGAUGCUAAUGGGAUGCAGGAGAGGUAUAUGGAGGAGGGAACCGCUGGGUUUCCGAGAGAAGAAGAGCGUGCUAUUCCAGAUCAUGGCUAUGGGAAUUCUACUACCAUCGAACGCUGUGGCUUUAGUCUCUAUAUUCCUUUCCUCCAAAAGAUAAUUGCUGAAGUGUUUGGGACCUACUUUUUGAUAUUUGCCGGGUGUGGCUCGGUGACAGUUAAUCUAAGCAAGGGCACUGUUACAUUCCCUGGCAUAAGCAUUGUGUGGGGGAUGGUGGUCAUGGUUAUGGUCUACUCGAUCGGCCACAUCUCCGGAGCUCAUUUCAAUCCCGCCGUCACCAUUGCCUUCGCUACCUGUCGAAGGUUUCCAUGGAAUCAGGUGCCGGCAUAUAUAUUUGCUCAAGUGUUGGGAUCGACCCUUGCAAGUGGUACGCUGCGGUUGCUGUUCGGAGGAAAACGUGAACUCUUUGCAGGAACCAUUCCGGCUGGCUCAGAUGUACAGUCGCUGGUGCUUGAGUUCAUCAUCUCCUUCUACCUCAUGUUUGUGAUAUCUGGUGUGGCCACUGACAAAAGAGCGAUUGGAGAAUUGGCAGGGCUAGCAGUUGGAGCUACUGUCCUCCUAAAUGUGCUUUUCGCCGGCCCUAUAUCAGGAGCAUCGAUGAACCCGGCGAGGAGCCUAGGGCCGGCGAUCGUGGCCAACCGAUAUGAGAGUAUAUGGGUGUACAUCGUUGGUCCAAUCUGUGGGGCAGUGACAGGGGCAUGGGCGUACAACCUCAUCCGCUUCACCAACAAGCCCUUGCGUGAGAUCACCAGGAGUAUCUUAUUCCCUAAAAGCUUGAGCAGGAACAACUCCAGAUAAAGAGCAUAUAGUUCUAUGCAGUCCAUUAUUGCUGUAACCCUCUCAUUUUCCUUCUUCCAUGGAUAUAUACAGAAAGAGAGCUCUCACUGGUAGCGUGUGAUGCAAGUUGGUCCAUGGAAGAAGACUUGUAUUUGUCAUUAUAUUUUUUCCUUAUUUAUUUAUUUAUUUUGAAGAUUAUGUUUUCUUAAAUUUAUUUCGCUUUCUGCGCGUAGAUCUCUGCUUGAGU